AUGUGGUAUGUGUGUAGCGGUGCUGCAGCCCACCGCCUCCAAACACGAGAUGGCGCCGACGUGGUCUCGCGGCGGGGACAACCUUGGCCGCCCAGUCCCUCGACUCAGCGCGUUGGCCGAGGUUUGAAUGCAAGGCGUGACCUUAACCCUGUAGUCGACCUACAGCCGGAUGUCAUCUUCAUUACAGAGACCGGGUUACAUACCGACGUAAUGGAUGCCGAAAUUGUACCUGGUGCUUACCAGAUUUUUCGUCGGGAUGGUCUAUGCAAAGGAGGAGGAGGAAUAAUAGUCUUUGUCAGGAUGGGCCUCGUUGCAUCAGAAAGUAAAAUCAGUUACUCCUAUGAUUGCUAA